GAAUACUUUCACUUCUGGUGAAGCUUCAGUGAUCGGCCAUGGCGUCGUCCUCAGACUGGUGGUCAUCCUCGGCCUCAACUGCAUCUUAUCACACACCUCAAAGGCCAUCUUCGGUCCCACAAAUGGGCGGAUCCUCAUCAGCUAGACCAACAGCGCGAUUUGUUGGUGAUCAGUUGGACCCUCGGGAUGAAGAGAUGGCAGAAGGUAUCAAGUUCAUACCCAGCUUUGCGAGUAGUCCAGCAGGCAAGCUGGCUCUGGGUAGCAGUCCAGCUGCUGGAUCGAGUCCGAAGGAAGUGAGACGAAGCCCAGUGAGGUGAGUCAGGACAUCCUGUCGGUCAAAAUCUACCUGCCUAGAUUCCUCACGAUGCCUGACAUCGAGGAGACUCUCAGUCCCCUCUCAAUGAGCUCUUUGUCGAUGCUGAUGCUCUGUGACUAUCUCGCUGACACACAUCUCAGCGUCUCAUCCCCCCGCAAUCCUCGCACAUCACGAGCCACGCCCUCCAUGUCCAUGGCAAUGGAUGAAGAUGCGCCUCCGACCGCCUCGCUCCAUGACCUCGCAGCGACACCCACCUCGAACGCCAUGCGAUCAUCCUCAUCUCUCCCUACUGCUCAAUCACCUCCAUCCAUGUCCUCAUCCUCUUUCUCUCUGCCUGCUCCUUCAUCUCUCACCGCUGGACCAAGCACCACCUCGCUGCACGUCUUUGGCCCUCCAAUGGACCAACUUGGCCUUCUUCAGCCCUAUUUUGAGCAGAUUGGUUCCGUGCAAUCGUACAUUCCAGGACCAGAAGGAAGCAACUGGUACGUUGUCACCUUCCAUUCGCCCACUUCGGCUCUGUACGCUUUACGACGUCAUGGAGAAAUCAUCAAUGGAAGAUGGAUGCUUGGGUUCAAAGUCGCUGGACCGGGGAGCACAGCGGGUUGCACACUUGUCGAUGGACACGGGCCAUCGAGUGGUCAGGCAUCACAGAACGGUCACGGCGGCAACUCGAACGGAGAGAUCAUGUCGAGACCUGGACCCGGAACACCACUUAGGAUCCAAAACACGUCAGUGCUGAAGCAGAAGCCUGCAGCUGUCAAGGCAAAGAGCACCGAGUCGUUCGCUUGGGACGAAAGCGAAGAAUCAAAAGGUUUGGUCAACAAGGCGGCAGAGUGGCUGUUUGGCAGGUAGUCGUUGCUCGGACAUAGUGCCAUCUUAUCCUAUGCUCAACCCGGACACGGCUUGCACGAAACGAAUGACUUGACAUGUGGAGGAGAAUGCAUAACGAUGUUCUACCAACACGUCGUCCAUGGGAAUGUACAUGAGUAU